AUUUUAAAUUUCCUCAAAUUCUGUCUUGGAUUUUUUGUGCAUUUCAAGAUAGUUUUUUUCUUAGUUACUGUAAAUCCACUUGACAUGGUUUCUCGAAUUAAACGAGUUGAAAGCCUUAUGGACCCGCUGAGAAAUACUCAGUGGACUCUGGUGUACUCUGAAGUAUUCAGUAAAGCUGGCACUUCGUUCGUUUUGCUCGUUUAAUGGACAGGAACAAUAAAACUUACGUGUCAAGCAGUGGUUUCAGCGAAAAUGAUGUGAUUAGUUUCCAUGAUUCGUUACUCCACAAGUCAGAUGUUGAUCUCCUCACUGGUCCUUAUUGGCUGAAUGACAAUCUAAUAGGGUUUUAUUUUGAAUAUCUAGAAAAUGUCACGUUUCAGGGUUGUGAUAAACUCUUAUUUAUUAGUCCACAAGUCACUCAGUGUUUAAAAAUGAGUAAUUGGAGAGAAUUGUUUGCUUUUCUAGAUCCUCUGAAUUUUCAUCAAAGAGAUUUUGUGUUUUUACCUGUAAAUGAUUGUGAUGCAUUAGAAAUUCCUGGUGGUACUCACUGGAGUUUAUUAGUCUUAAGCAAACCAGAGAAUCUCUUUUAUCAUUUAGAUUCCUGUACUGGAUCUAAUUAUUCUCAUGCAUGGCAAUUAGGUGUCAAUAUAUCAAAGUACAUGCGAAAGCAAGUAGACUUCACAGAAUCAGAAUGUCUUCAGCAAAGCAAUUCAUAUGACUGUGGUAUCCAUGUAUUGUGUUCAGCUGAUCAACUUGCCAGUCACUGUAUUAAAGAAAACAAGAUCAUUGGAACUACUAGAUUGAAUAGAUCAACAAUCCAAGCAAAACGGCAUCAGCUAUUGGAUUUAAUAAAGGCACUGAAACAGCCCACCAUUCAUUAAGAGAUUUAGUUUAUUUGACAUUUCCCUCAUCAUUGACAUCUUUCUCUUAUAACAUAUUGAGUUGGUGAAACAACAUAAAAAGUGAAAUUCUUUAUGGAAAGUAACCAUAAAUUGAGAUUUGUUUCCAUGAUUGCACUAUUGCUUAAUAUGUAAGGUAAAUGAAGUGAACUAGCAAUAUCUUUGGCAUAACAUGUUAAUAAAGAAAAUUCAGAGUGCUCUGGUGUUUGAUACUUUCAUUCAAAUACAAUGUGAAUUUAUUUUCCAAUGCCCCAAGAUAGGAAUUGUCCAAAACGAUGAUCAUCACCUAGAUGGAAAAUUACAUUAUCAGCCAUAUAAAACUCUUUAUUUAAUGAGUAAACUAUUAUAAUUUUGUAAGUAUUCAUUUUUCUCUCAGAAUUUCAUUUGCAUCUUAAAAUUUGAUACAAAUAUCUUUGACCCCGUGGAUAAGCUGCUAAGUCAUGAAAGCUUAAAUUUCAGGGAAGAGCAAGAAAAGUUUUUCAACUGAAGUAAAUUCAAACAUUUUAGCUAAACUAUUUAUGUGAAGGUUUCAUUUAACAUCAUUAAUCCCUGACUUACAGUAACAGGUGAAAGUGUUUUGUUUCUUUGGCUCUCCUGUAAAAUUUAAGCAUUCAUGACUUAUCAGCUUAUUCACUGGGGGUCAAAGAUACAUUCAUUUAUCUUGUACAAAAACAUGAAAAUACUAGAAUGCGCAGAGGGGCAAUGUAUUCUUACGUGAAAUUUUAAUCAAUAUUUCUCGUGCAUUAUGUUAUAGUGAUGAUUCUCUCCACAUUUUAUAUUAAGAGCACUCUUGUACCUCAAAUUAUUUGAGCAUAAACCAUGUGUUUAAUGAGCAAGGUCAAAUUUUUCUACAAUGCCCAAAAGGUUAAUGACUCCAUAAAAUUAUGUGAUGGUGUAUAUAAUGAUAGUACUUGGAAAAAUAGGGAUAACAGAGAGGCAUUCGAUUUUUACCAUUUAGUACAUGUAAAAACAGGUGAUGUGGAUAUUCUGUUUUUAGCAUAUGGGUAGAUUUCACAGUAGUAUUGUUCCUCAGCAUCCUUUUCUCAAAAUCUCGAAUAGAAAGCCUAGAAAAUGAGAUUUAUGUAAUUUAGCAAGGACUCUGCAUGUAAGUUAGGGCUACAGAAUGCAACUUUUGCUGGGAACAAAUUUAUUGAAAAUUGCAUUUGAUAUGAGCUGACCAACAAAAAACAAGUAUAUUAAUUAAAAUUCAUGUUCAUUUGCUCUCAAUAAGAUGGUUAUUGUAAAUACACCACCUUUCUGUAAGAAAUAGAAAGCUCAAACAUUUUGUUAAUAUAUGAAAAUAGUCCAUACGAGCGUAAUUAGAAAUAAGGCAGUGGAAAAUGUAUGUACAGAAAAGUUAAAAAUCAAUUGGAGUGUAGUUUUUGUAAAAAAUAUUUCUCUUACCACUUGAAUCUUAAGUAAAUUCUUUUUUAUUUUCUUGUAUACUGAUAUUAAUGUUGUACAGAGAAAGUUACAUAAUGCUGAAACAAUCUAUGUCAAGAUUUUUACAGAAAUUUUGCAAUUUGAUGAUACAGAAAAAAAUUUCCCCUAAGAAUCCCCACCCCAGUCUUUUAACUUUGUGACUCUGUUAAAAAUCAAAUAAUUAAUUUCCUACAAUUUUUCAUAAUUUUUUGUGUACAAUGUAAUUUUAUCUAUUCUAGAAAGAUACCUCACAAGCAAUAACAGGAGCUUGUGUGAUAAUACCAUGGAAGAAUAGAUUGUUCUAUGGUAAUACACUAAAACGUGCUCAAUGCGGAAAUCAGUCCAGUGUGGACAUAAACUGCAGUCCAGGCAAAUGAAUAUUCUACAAUAUUACAU